AACGCGUAAAAAAUGACUUUGAUUUCUUUCUCAAUAAGGGCAAUAAAAGGUUUGCGUUUUAAUAAUGAGUUUAGACUGCCGGUAGCUAAGGCCACACCAGUAUCUGUUAAUAAUUUACUUUCUUCAUAUCGGAAUUAUUCUAUAAAUCCUGUAGAUUUACCUAAAAGGAUGGCGACUGAGAAGACGUUACCUAAGCUUUUCAAUUUUGUUGAUCAAAAUGUUAAUACAUACAAGAAUCUUCUCAAAGAAGCAGUAGCUAUAGCAUCAGUUUCGUGUGAUCCCAAAUAUCGAGAUGAAUGUGUUCGUAUGGUUCAUUGGACGCAAGAUAAGUUGAAAGAGGUUGGAGCCAAAACUGAACUUAGGGAUGUUGGUUUCCAAACUAUAGAUGGAAAAGAAAUUAAGUUGCCACCUGUAUUAGUCGGUUCUCUGGGUAAUGAUACCAAAAAGAACACUAUUUGUAUAUAUGGUCACUUGGAUGUCCAACCUGCAUUGAAAUCUGAUGGCUGGCUGUCAGAGCCAUUUGAACUAGUUGAGCGUGAUGGUAAACUUUAUGGGCGGGGCUCAACUGAUGACAAGGGCCCUGUCCUUGGCUGGCUCCAUGCCAUUAACGCUUUUAAGGGAGUUGGAGAAGAGCUACCUGUUAAUUUAAAGUUUAUAUUUGAAUGCAUGGAAGAGUCUGGGUCUGAAGGUCUGGAUGCACUGCUUCUGGAGCAAUUGAAACCGGCUGGUUUCUUUGAUGAUGUUGAUUAUGUAUGCAUAUCUGAUAAUUAUUGGCUUGGUACAACCAAGCCGUGCAUUACUUAUGGUCUCCGAGGAAUCAGUUACUAUUUCCUAGAAAUUGAAUGUGCCAAAAUGGAUCUGCAUAGUGGUGUUUAUGGUGGCACAGUACAUGAAGCUAUGUCAGAUUUGAUUUAUUUAAUGAAUCAAUUGGUUGAUAAAGAUGGAAAGAUUCUCGUGACUGAUAUAUAUAAGUCUGUUGCGCCGUUAACUGAAAACGAAAAAAAACUUUAUACAACUAUAGACUUCGAUACUGAAGCAUACAGGAAGUCCAUAGAUGCUCCAAAAUUGGCUCACAAUGGGGACAAAGAACAGAUACUGAUGCACAGAUGGAGAUACCCUAGUCUAUCAUUACACGGAAUUGAAGGUGCUGCUUUCCAACCUGGAGCAAAAACUGUGAUUCCAGGAAAAGUAAUAGGAAAAUUCUCGAUUCGUCUUGUGCCCAAUCAAGAACCUGAAGAAGUCGAAAAACUAGUUUUUGAUUACAUUAAUAAAAAGUGGGCGGAGCGUGGAUCCCCCAACAAGAUGCGUAUCUCUGCGCAGAGCGGACGCGCUUGGACGGAGAACCCCGACCACCCACAUUACCAAGCGGCCGCGCGCGCCGUCAAAAUGAUUUUCCAAACUGACCCGGACAUGUCUCGCGAGGGCGGGUCUAUCCCGGUGACCAUCACUCUACAAGAGGCGAGCAACCGCAACGUGCUUCUGCUGCCCAUGGGCGCCGGCGACGACAUGGCGCACUCGCAGAACGAGAAGCUCAACGUGCGCAACUACAUCGAGGGGAUAAAACUUUUCGCCGCUUACAUGUUUGAAGUCAGCAAGCUGCCGAAAUAGUUCUAAGCCGUCUGUAAUAAUAAACUAAAACGUAUUAUUUUAUAUUUGGCAUAAUAGGAAGAGUACAUGAACGUCAAUGAAACAUUCCUAUAAGUACAUUUAACAUCUAUUUUAUUUGAACUUAUCUUUCUAAGAUAUAUGUAGUUGCAUUAUGUGCCUUAUACCUUUUUUGAACUAUUAUGAUGAUUCAUAAUGCUCCUCAAGUUUAUUUAGUGUCAUUGACAUAAUAACUAUUUUUAAUGUUUAGAUGACUUUUUACAAAAUAAAAAAUAAUUAUGUAACCAAA